UUAAAGUUCUGUAGCAUGCUUCAUUAUAGGUUCUUUGGAAUUAUGGUUAGCCAGUGCUAUGUUCAAAGUUCUUAAAAUCUUUUAAAGUUAUUAGAUUUGUGGAGGUUUUUUUAAACAGUAUUACUGUAUAAAAUUAUUCUCCCAGUUUUGCUCACUGCAUUCUGCAUCAAUAUCAUAUAAGUGUUCACAGGAUUCUCUGAAUUUGUCUCUUUCAUUAUUUCUUUUAUCACAAUUUAACAUUCAUAUACAAUAAUUUGUCCACCUCUUCUCCAAUUAAUGAGUGCCUUCCCCUCUUAAUUUCCACUUCUUUGUGGGGAAAAAAAGGUGCUAUUAUAAAUAUUUUUAUAUAUACAGAUCCUUUUUUCUUGUUCUUUGAUCUCUUUAUAAGCUUAAUAGUGGUAUCACUGGAUCAAGUAGUAUGCACAUUUAUUAUUGACUGUUUGGAUGUAGUUUUCAUUUACUUUUCAGAAUGACUGACCAAUUCAUAGCUCCAUAACCUGCCUUUAUAAACAUUCAACCAAAAAUUAACUCAAUUGGUAAUUGAAAAUUAUGUCAAAUUUAAGUUCACUGAUUAUAGACUUAAACAGAAAUUUAAAGUUCAGUUAGUCCUAACAGCUUUUUUUGACAGAUAAGGAAACUGAGGCUCAUAGAGGGAAAUAACUUGUUCAAAUUGGCUCAGUCAUUGGCAAAAUUGAGAUUUAAACUCAGGUCUUUGAUCCCAAAUUGAGCACUGGUUCCAUCUGGGUUUGCUAUUUGGCUCUUAUAUGGUAUGUUUUUAUUAUUCAGGCAGGUGAAUAUUUUAAAUUUUAGACUUUAAAGUGACACUUUCCCAAUCCCUCCCCUCCAUCUAGUGAAGUUAAAAUUCCUUAAUGAGCAAUUAAUCAUUAAUUAAGCACCCAGUAUAUACAAGGCAUACACAGCAUCUAGCCAAAAUGUUCUCAUCCUCUGUCCUACUCUACCUCUACACAGGCUGUCUAGCCCCCUAGGGAUGAUUCCAUCUGUGGCCGACUCAGUGAUUGAUGAUCCUGGAUUAUCAACGACUAUGCUAAUCUGUUUUCCUGAGGACCAGCCUAGCUAAAUCCAGAGUGGUUCACCACCAUCUUGGCUCCAAGAAUUCUAGGAAGAGAAGAUGGACCAACCAAGUGGAAGAAGUUUCAUGCAAGUAUUAUGUGAAAAGUAUAGUCCUGAGAAUUUCCCCUAUCGCCGUGGUCCUGGGAUGGGAGUUCAUGUUCCAGCCACACCUCAGGGUUCUCCAAUGAAAGAUCGACUCAACCUCCCAAGCGUACUGGUGUUGAACAGUUGUGGAAUAACCUGUGCAGGAGACGAAAAUGAAAUUGCUGCCUUCUGUGCCCAUGUGUCUGAAUUAGAUCUUUCUGACAAUAAACUUGAAGACUGGCAUGAGGUCAGUAAAAUUGUGUCAAAUGUUCCUCACUUGGAGUUUCUAAAUCUGAGUUCCAACCCUCUGAAUUUGUCAGUUUUAGAGAGAACAUGUGCCGGGUCCUUUUCUGGGGUUAGAAAACUCGUCCUCAACAACAGCAAAGCUUCUUGGGAAACAGUCCAUAUGCUACUGCAGGAAUUACCAGAGUUGGAGGAGCUCUUCCUGUGCCUUAAUGACUAUGAAACAGUGUCUUGUUCUUCUAUUUGCUGUCAAUCUCUUAAGCUACUCCAUAUCACAGAUAAUAACCUUCAGGACUGGACUGAAAUUCGAAAAUUAGGAGUUAUGUUUCCUUCACUGGAUACCCUUAUACUGGCCAACAAUCACCUGAAUGCCAUUGAGGAGCCCGAUGAUUCCUUGGCAAGGUUGUUUCCCAAUCUGCGUUCCAUUAGCCUUCAUAAGUCAGGUCUGCAUUCCUGGGAAGACAUUGACAAACUAAAUUCAUUCCCGAAACUUGAAGAAGUAAGAUUGCUAGGGAUACCUCUUCUUCAGCCAUAUACCACUGAAGAGCGCAGAAAAUUGGUGAUAGCCAGAUUGCCAUCAGUUUCCAAACUUAAUGGCAGUGUUGUUACUGAUGGAGAACGAGAGGACUCUGAGCGAUUUUUCAUUCGUUAUUAUGUGGAUGUCCCCCAAGAGGAAGUACCAUUCAGGUAUCAUGAACUGAUUACAAAAUAUGGGAAGCUGGAGCCCCUGGCUGAAGUGGACCUAAGACCCCAAAGCAGUGCAAGGGUAGAAGUCCAUUUUAAAGAUCAGGUGGAGGAAAUGAGUAUUCGUCUGGACCAAACAGUAGCAGAACUAAAGAAACAAUUAAAAAGUCUAGUACAAUUACCAACAAGCAACAUGCUUCUCUACCACUUUGAUCAUGAAGCUCCCUUUGGCCCAGAGGAAAUGAAAUACAGCUCCCGAGCACUGCACUCUUUUGGCAUUAGGGAUGGAGACAAAAUUUAUGUGGAGUCCAAAACAAAAUAGCCCUUGCUACCAUUGAAUAGACAGAUCAACACACAUGUGUGUGCAUACACACACAUAUACACACAUACACAUAUGGAUUUAUUUUCCUUUGAGAGGGAAAGGUUUGAUUUUUAUUUUGUUUUAAAGGUUGAAUUGUGUGCAUUUGCACAUGUAUGUGUGUGUGCACGUGUGUGGGUGUGGAUGUGUGUAUAUGAGUGGAUGUUCCUCCAGACAGGUAGGGGGAUCAUUUGGGAUUUUCUUUCCUAUACAGGUAUCUUUGGCUCGAACAACAUAAUAGGCCCUGAUAUCUAGUCUAUGUAUCCUCAUGGGAUAAGUAAAGAAGAGAUCACUGGAUUCCUUUUGUGUUCCUUAGAAGCUAUGUGACCACUAUGUACCAUCACCACCAUGCCAGUAUACUUGUGAAAAUAGCACGAAGGAUUCAUUCUUCUCUCCCUUUCUACCCUGCACUAAGGUUAAAUCAGGAAACCAGAAAGCAUGGCAGAAAUGGCCAGCAGCUAGGUCUCUGUUCCUUACUUCCCCCUACUCUUAUUUUCCUUUCAUUUUUUAAUUUAGGUCAACUCAUUGACUUAAUUUAAUUCUGAUUCUAUAUAGAUUUGCCAUUUCUUGACAAGAGAUUUCUCUGGUUUUUAAAAUAAAUGAAAGAAUUUUAAUGCUCAUUGUCACCUGAUUUGGACCUCAGGUAUUCUAUAAGAUUAGAACAGAGUAUUUAAAACUCUACUAGUAACACAUGCUGCUGCCACUAUAGGCAUGCAUGCAGUUUUUGAGGUAAUCUUUAUCUCAUACUCUAAUCUUCCCAUUUCAGCCAUUGAAAGCGCUUGUUCUGGCGCUUUGAAUAGAUGAUGGGAAAAGUGAUCCCAUCUAAUAACUUCACCAGGAGCAAGCCAAAGGGCAGGGCAGUUCGUUUGAUUUACAUUUCAGUAAGUUACUUUAAUGAGAGUGACAGUAAAUGGACACUUCUGCCUAAUCUGGGUUUCUUUCUUUAGGUAGAAAAACUCUUUAAAUUUGUCAUAAAAGAGAUUCUUGUCUGAAUAUUUUUUCUAAGCAUAAAAUGCUCUCUUUUUAAAAAGCACUUUUCCUUCAAAGCUUGGUUGUUUACCUACUUUGAAAUCUUUUGUUUGUUCCCAUUUUUCCUUGUUCCAUCAGAUAUUUUCCCUGUAAUGCGCCUCUUUCCCUGUCCAUCCUAUUGACAGGUUGAAGACUUUUGAAAUAACUUAACUCUGGGAUUAAAGGUGUUCACAUGAAGUAUUUUUCAAAGAAUGCUAUUGGGUAUCUGAUUGUACCUGAACUUUUAACCUGUGAUAGAUGAUUCCACAGAAUCUCACAAAUAACUUUUGUUUCUAUGAAGCUUUUGGAUGAGUCUUAGAAUGUCUUGUUUUUUGGAUGUCGGGUUUAUUUCUUCAUCUUUUUGUUUUUUUCUAUGCCAUAAAGAUGGAAGUUUCUUCUCUUAAUGCACUUCAGAUUCAGCAUCUGUUAAGCUUUUGACUCAGAUUUGCUGAACUUCUAGAUUCCCUGAAACAUUAAAGGUAGAAACCAAAGGGUUCAAGAAAGAUGAAUGAGACUCAUUCUCCUUCUGUUGUUGCUGCUGCAGGCUUUAUCUUCCCAAAAUCAUAGAGAUGAAAAUAGGUGAUCCAAGCUAUAGAUAGAAUAGAGUAAUUAUUUCACAAUCGCCUUUUCCUGCAGUUCUUUAGAAAUUGGGGGGGGGGGGGGGGGGGGAGAGAGCAUGGCAGCCGUGGCAUCAUGAUGAUUAAAAUACAGGGUGCUCUGUAUGUGUGCAUGUGUAUGCACAUAUAUGUGCAUGUUCAUGGAGGUGAGAGACAACAGAAUUGAGAAUGUUGUUUCUGUCAUCCCGGGGAACAAAUACAUUUUCACCUUUGAGACUAUAAGAGAAUCCCUUAGUAGAAGGCAGAGCAAGCACUUAACACUUUAACUGUAUGUGGAGUGGUCAUAUUUAAUUAGAUAAUUACUAUAAGUCAAAGUUUGAUGGAAGUACAUUUUUAAUAUUAAGUAGCAACCCAUUUCUUUUAUUAUAAAAUGUACCAUUCAUCAGCUACAAGUUUUUUUUUUCAUUUUAGUGUGAAAUUUUAGGUAAAGGAAAAAGGUCUGGUUUACUGAAGAGUAAUCUUACUUGGGAGUGGUGCUGGCAUUAUAACCUAGGGUAUUAAUGGUGCUGUGUGAUUAUUAAGUAUAAUAACUUGAGCAACACAAUUAUAGGUCUUUUAGAGUUACAGAGCAGAAGCAAAUGAAGGUAGACAUACAAGUACUCGUACUUCCAGAUUCACUUAGGUGGUGGCCAUGUGGUAUGUUGGUUUUGAAACAAGAUUGAUGAUAUGUUGAAAACGCUUACAUAAAAAUUAUUUUUAACAUAGUCCCCAAAUGCAAAACUCUAGUAAAAUAUAGUACGCCUUUAGAUGUAGAAAUUAGGCAUAUUUCAUUUGCUUACAACUCUAUUGCAUUACUUAGAAACCUGAUUUCCAGGUUUGCUGGCAGAACAUCCCAGACAUUUAGGCAGAGUUCGCAAGACAGAGCUCAUUUAGCCAGUAGGCAGAAUUACACACUUCGCAAGUGCUGGGGUAGAAUAUACUUUUAAAUUCCUUAUUCUGAGAAAAAAAAUUAUUGAAAAUUAAUUUUUAAAAGUUUUUAAAAAGACAAAAAUCACACCAAAAAAACUGAGAAACAUUUAUAAAUGUGUAUUCAUGAGAUUAGAGAGAAAGAAAUUGAGUAUUUGAAUGUAUUAAAUUUUCCAGUUUACUGAAGGGAUUCAGAAUUGUAUACUAGUUUCUGUACUUUCUGCAUUCUCUUAACCAAGUGCUACUUCCAAGAAUUUGUUGGUUGUUAUUGCCACUUAAUGCCACCAUCUGCUACAAAGGCAAUGGAUGUUAUGACCACCAAUGUUUCUCAAAAGUUUGUGGUGGAAAUUAAAACCAAAAUGAAACAAACCUGUAUGUAAUGAAGUUGAAUGGUAUGACAUGCUUUUUAAUUUUAUGUAUUUACUUUAAAAAAUUUUUUUCAAAGCUAACCAGAUGUUACAACUGUGUUGCUAAAACAGCAGUGUUAUGAGCAUAGAACAGUUGUUUCACAAGCAGGAGGAGGGAUCAUCAUCUUUCAGUGUACAUUGACAAAUCAUUAUAGUAUGUAGAAGUUAAUGUGCUUGCUACGUGGAAAGUUUUGGGAUACAAGGCAUUUGAAAUGUGGAUCUUGAGUACUAGAUUGUGAUGAGCAAAGCCAUUUCUUCUUGUAAAUUAGAUUCUCUCCCCCUUUCCCUUUUUCAUGUUGUAUUGGAAAUGCAAGCAAACUAGACUCUGAAAAAUAUCCAGAAGCUGUUCAUGUUCUCAGAUUGUGUUGUGAACACUCUGUUUUUCAUGGGUGCUUCAUCAGAAUAUGUCCAUUGUUGUGAUGGAGAGGGACUGGACUCUCUCAGGCUCUUGACGCUGCCAGCUGUCUCCUGCAGUUAAUGGAAAUAUAUAUAUAUAUUUUAUUUUA